AUAGCACAUCCGCCGUUGUGGAAUAGUGUAUUCCAAUCUGGCAUUAGGCAGUUUCCGAGUGAGUGAUAUAUUGUAGCCGAACGUCAAUUAGAUUGGAAACAUAUAGGCUAACAUCAUUGACAGAUAUAAAGACGCAAUCCUCUGCGCUCGAGAAAAGAUUGUAGCGAUCUGACGACUGGAGAAAAACACCGCCUCUACAUACACAGAGAGAUUGGAUAACCCGAGACGAGCCGAGAAAAAAUACCGGAGUGCAGAAGCAGGAGAAACCGUGGACAGUCACAAACCGCAUUCAGUUUCGGCUCCUGGAGGAUGUCUGGAACCACCGUCGAUCAGAGACCCAAAGGACAAGGAAAUAAAGUACAAAACGGAUCAAUGCAUCAGAAGGAUGGAGUAAACGAUGAAGACUUUGAACCUUACCUAAGCAGCCAGACAAAUCAGAAUAACAGCUACCCACCAAUGUCCGACCCCUACAUACCCAGCUACUAUGCUCCCUCCAUCGGCUUCCCUUACUCCCUGGGGGAGGCCCCCUGGUCCACUGCGGGGGAUCCCCCCAUGCCCUACCUGACCACCUAUGGACAGAUGAGCAACGGCGAGCACCACUUUAUCCCCGACGGGGUGUUCAGCCAGCCGGGCGCCCUGGGCAAUACCCCUCCCUUCCUCAGCCAGCACGGCUUCAACUUCUUCCCUGGAAACGCAGACUAUUCCACCUGGGGCACCAGUGUCUCUCAGGGCCAGUCCACACAGAGCAAUGCCUAUAGUAAUAGUUAUGGUUACACCCCUAGUUCCCUGGGGAGAGCUAUAGCUGACGGACAGGCGGGCUUCAGCAGUGACGCCCAGCUCAGUAAGGUCCCGGUGCUGAGCAGCAUCGAGCAGGGCAUGACUGGGUUAAAACUGGACAUGGGCGCCGCCAUCACCAAGACUGUCGGCUCGCCCCUUGGGGGCACGUUGGGCAUGAGUAGCAUGGCGGCCAAUAACAUGCCUCCAUUGGUUAGUUCCUCUGCCCCCAAACCCACGUCCUGGGCGGCCAUCGCCAGGAAGCCGGCCAAGCCCCAGCCCAAGGUCAAGCCCAAAGCCAACAUGGGGAUGGGGGCCCCUGCCAUUCCCCCGCCGCCCAUCAAGCACAACAUGAACAUUGGCACCUGGGACGAUAAGGGCUCCCUCAACAAGCCCCCCUUAGCUCAGGCCAUGAUGCAACCUCAGACCAUGGUGCAGCAGACCCUGAUGGGCCAGCCCCAGCCCCUGCUGCAGAGCCCUCUGCCCCACCAACACCAGCACCAACACCAGCACCAACAUCAGCACCAGCAGCACCACCAACCCUUUCAGCUGCAGUCCCUCCAGUCUCCCCAACACCCCCAGCAGAUGCCCCCAGGCCCCCCUCACCACCACCAACACCCCCACCAGAACUUCUCCCAGCCUGGCCCCCCUCAACCUAUGCAUCAACACCAACAUCCCCCACCCCAGAACCGCUGGGUGGCACCCCGGAACAGGGGCACCUUCAACCAAGGAGGGGCGGAAGGCUUUGGGAUGGGUGUUGGUGGGGUCCCCCUCAGUGCCUCUCCCAGCUCCGGGGAGGUGCACCCCGUGUUAGAGAAACUGCGGUCCCUCAACAACUACAACCCCAAAGACUUUGACUGGAACCUGAAGAACGGCCGUGUGUUCAUCAUAAAGAGCUACUCUGAGGACGACAUCCACCGCUCCAUCAAGUACUCCAUCUGGUGCAGCACCGAGCACGGCAACAAGCGCCUGGACGGUGCCUACCGUUCGCUGGGGGCCAAGGGGCCCCUCUACCUGUUGUUCAGUGUCAACGGCAGCGGUCAUUUCUGCGGCGUGGCAGAGAUGCGCUCGCCCGUGGAUUACAACGCCUACGCAGGCGUCUGGUCUCAGGACAAGUGGAAGGGCAAGUUUGAGGUGAAGUGGGCGUUUGUGAAGGACGUGCCCAACAGCCAGCUGAGGCACAUCAGACUGGAGAACAAUGACAACAAGCCCGUCACCAACUCCAGGGACACUCAGGAGGUGCCUCUGGAAAAGGCCAAGCAAGUGCUUAAAAUGAUUGCCACUUUCAAGCAUACCACCUCAAUCUUUGAUGACUUUGCACAUUACGAGAAGCGCCAGGAGGAAGAAGAGGCCCUGCGGAGGGUGAGAGAAUCAUGCUGCUGACUGACACACACAGCCUUUUCCUUGUGGGGACCGGCGAGGUGGCCGCACUUGUCUGAAUUUUCCUUGUUUUACGAUCCUUGUGAGGACUUCUGGUCCCCACAAGG